AUGUUCGCUCACGAAAUUAUUCUCGAGAAGUCUGGGCCUCUAGCCCGGGUCUGGCUGGCCGCGCACUGGGACAAGAAAUUGAAGAAAAAAGACAUCUUCGAAACGAAAUUAAUUGAAUCAGUCGACAAUAUUAUCAAUCCUAAGAUGAAACUUGCUCUGAGAACAUCAGGCCAUUUGCUCCUCGGAGUCGUGAAGAUUUACAACAGAAAAACUGGCUUUUUGUACACUGACUGUAACGAAGCCAUAAUCAAACUGCGCUCUGCCUUUCGACCGGAGCAGAAAGAAAUGACGAUCAAAGAAAACAAGACGAAAAAAGACGAUAAAAAGCUGUUUCUUUCCAACAUCGAUUUGGGAGACAUAGAUGACAAACUGCCGGAUAUCAACGACCUCGAUCUCGAUAAGAAUCGCGCCAGAUUGGAGGAAAUCACGCUGAGGGAGGAAAAUGACUUUUUAAACGCUGACGAUUUGGAAUUAAACGAUUCUUAUCCGUAUCAAGGCGAUUUGGCAAUCGAUUUCAACAAUGAAGAAAUGAUGCGAGAUUUGACCGAGGUCUUCGGAGAGCAUCAACUCGACCUUGGAGGGCAUGACACCAAUUUCCUCGGCGAUGAUCAAUCUGAAAUGGGAGACGAUCACACUCUCGGUGGAGGAUCGCCGCCCGAAAUCGACCAGGACUUGGGAGACGCGCCCGGACAUGCUAUGGAGAAUUAUGACAAUCCGAUGAGCGUGCACAUGAUGGAGGAUACUAUCGAUGAUGGUCCGAUGUCUCCACCACCGCGCCCGCCAAGACCGGAGACGGCUGACUCGAUCAUGGACUCGCAGCCGCCGACACCGAUCACGGUGAAUUUUGGAAGCAUUCAGGAGCCAAUGACGCCUGGUGGCAUGUCUCAGACAAGUUCCCUAGCCAUGGAGCGUCCCGAGCAACCUCCAACUCCAAUGUACCACGAUUCGAUGCCCCCAUCCCCGAUGCAUCCGCAAACCCCAAUGUCCAACCCUGUCAUGCAAUCAACAAUGCUCCAGCGAACCCCUCCCUCCCCAGCCCAACCCAUUCACGUCCCACAAUCUCCUCAGCAGCAGCAAGCCCAGCGAAUGCAGCUCCGAGAUCGAAGACAACCCGAAAGACCUCAAAGCACGAGGUCAUUUGUUUUGGAGCCAACCGAACAUAUCACGCCAAAAGGUGGAAGGAGGAAGAUCAGAAGACAGCUAACCAUUGAUCAGGCUAUCGGAAUCGACGCUGAAACCAUGCGUUCGCAGCUGCGCGACCAUGAUGACAUCGUCGGUCGUUCCGUCAUGGCACCACCCGUUGAGAAAAUUCUCAGAAGCAAAGAAGACACCAGUGUUGAUAAGCUCUUUAUGUUGCCGAUUUCUUCAAUUCACACGGGCCUACACCAAUCUUGUUUUAUUUCCAACUGUCGUCCAGAUCUUCCAGCAUGUGCAAAUCUUCGAAUCGAGCAAGCAAAUGUCGACUCUUACAAUACUCAUCUUUAUAUGGAUCAGCAACAACAGCUGGAUAGAAGUCACGACUCUGACGAUGACGGAUAUGAUUAUGACGACAACUACGGAGGACCACCAUCAGUAGCGUCCUACCACGAGGAAGGAAGAAGGGACAUCAAUCAGCAUAUCAACUCCCAACAGAACAUUUCGCAUCAAGAUAGCCAAUGGGACAGAGCUGUGAAUCAAAUGCCCAACAAUAUGUCGAACCCUAACGAUAUGAGUAUACAAGCCGCCGAUUUCACCCUUGGAAGCAGCAUGAAUGAUAACUCAAUGAUUCCUCAACAAAAGGAGCUUCCUCCUCCGUCGCCGGCUCACUCGAUCCACGAUAAUCUUUCAAUGCCACCAACACCUGGCGCACCAGUCCAAAACUGGGGCGCUUCUGGAGCUCUUUCGGCAGCUCCAUCGCCAAUGCCCAUGCCGGAGUCUCCAGCUGCAGCGCCGUCUCCAGCUCCUUCCAUGGGUCUGCCAGAACCAGAACUGCCAAUGGACCCAAUUCCUCCGACGAUUCAGCAGCCCGAACCAAGUUCAAGUGAGAGUUCAAACUACGAACCAGAGCCGAAAAGGAUGAGAACGGCCUCGGCGGAAGCGGAUUUCCAAGAAGUCGAAGCUGGAAAAGGCACCGCCGCUUGCAUCAAGCUCACACAGCGACUUCUGAUGGAAAACAACGUCGUUUCACUUAACCAAAUGGCUUACGGAAACAACCGAAAACUUGCCGCUCAGAAGUUCUACUCCUCCUUAGUAAUGCUCAAGCACGAGACCAUCGAAGCCCACCAAAACGAGCCUUUUGGGGACAUCAUCAUCCGCAAGGGCAGCAACUUUGGCGCGGAAAUUCUCGAUCACUGCUAG